AUGAAGGCCUACGGAUAUGCCGGGUUCGUCAGCCAACAUUUCCCGUUGGAGAUUGCCGCUUUGAAGCCCCACGCCGCACUUACAGUAAGAUAUACGACUCUAAGAAUAUUUGUCUUUAUUGUACUGUAUUGUUAUCCUAAUAUGUUUAUGUUUUCCUAUUCCGUUCUUACAGCUAGGGAUGAGUUUGUAGAUGUUGUUUCUACCUUUACUUUUGUUGGUGCAGUCAGGGCAUUACAUGUGCUUCCUCAGGAAUCACCUACCUCAUUGAAAGAACCAUUGGGCAUUAAGGCUCGAAUGCUAAGUCCUAAGAAAACGUUCGCAUUACUAGACAACUCGCUGGAGAAUCGGGAGCAGAAGAUGAGUUUUCCAGAUCAUCCUCUUGGAGCAGUAAUAGACGUGAAAACCAGUCUUUGGACAAAAAUUACUGAUAUGAUCAUUUUGGGAACAUACAUACGUUCUUGGAAGGCGGAUAACAGGCAACAGUGGGAAAGGAGGAGUCGGUCGUGA